GACAAAAGUGUGCACAUUAACUCUCAUAUAUGUGCACAUGGGAAAUAUACGCAUAGGAAUGGAAUAUAUUUAACAACAAAGCAUAUCGGACUUGGAUUAUGUAAAAACUGCAGGUCAAAACAGCGACCGGGACAUAUUACACAUUCUGCGGGAAAUUACCUCACUUCCCAACGGCGGAAAUUGUUUUCGUCAUCAGCCUUAUCUACCUCAAAAAAUCAAUUCUUUCGUCACAAUAUUUCUACAUUUGUAUUAUUAUUCAGCAUUAUUCAUUUGAGCCAGUCAUCUAGACAGAUAUUCGGGCAAUUAGUUGUCGGAGAAGAAACAAAUUGCACGAACGAGGGCGAGAAAGUUGAAGUAGAUUUAAUAAAAGAUAACCCUUGUUUUCAAUGUGUGUGUAAGGACCAGAAAGUCCAAUGCAAAUUCAGAUGCGAUAAAGAUCCGGUUUGUGCGGCUCCGAUGAACAAAGAUGGAGAAUGUUGCCCCGUUUGCAAAGAGUGUUACUACAGACGGAAAACCUUUCAAACCUCAACAGAGUGGAUUGAGGGAGAGAAGAACCCGUGCGAGAGGCUUUUCUGUAGAGACGGUAUAAUCACUCGUGCAAAACUACAAUGUCACACAACCUGUAAAGAUCCUCUACCUCCAUCUCCCGGACAGUGUUGCCCAUCUUGUCAAGGCUGUCUCUAUCAAGGCGCAGCAUACAGAGAAGGGGAGACUUUUCAGCUACCUCAAGAUAUGUGCGCAAGGUGUACAUGUACGAACGGUACCAUCAGCUGCUCAAAAGAUCCUUGUCCUGUAUUGGCUUGCAAGAGAGAAGACUACAGCAUGAGAGAGGAUGGCUGCUGUUUGGAGUGUGUAGGUCACCGAAUCCAACCCGAACUUGAUGGAGGGAGAUGUCGAAUGCCGGAACGAAUUCUACUUCCCGACGAAGCGGUUAGUGAGGAUGAAUGUACGCGAUGUAGAUGCAAGAAUGGCACUCUGAUUUGCGACACAAAAACUUGCCCUAUAUCACUGAGAUGUCCAAUGACAGAGUGGGUUUACAGACCUGGUGAAUGCUGCCCUCUCUGUCCUGAGGAUGUGCCGAGGAAAUGCGUGGAUUCGAAAGGAAGAACAAGGAAGCAUGGAGCUACGUGGCAAGAGGGGCGUGACUAUUGUCGAAACUGCCUAUGCGUGAACGCGUCAAUCACAUGUGAAAUCAACCGUUGCCAAGAUAAACCUAAAACGUGCCCUGAAGGCAAGACACUGGAACUUGUUCCUGGGAACUGCUGCAAGAUGUGCAUAGAUGAACCAGGAGUUUGUGCCGUGUUUGGAGACCCGCACUACAGAACAUUUGAUGGAAGGCCGUUCAAUUAUCAAGGAGAUUGCCGAUAUGUCAUCGCUAAAGACUGCAAGAGCAUGAACUUCUCCGUAGUUGUGGAAAACGACGCCAAAACUUCGAGAUCUUUUGCCUGGACGAAAGCGGUUUAUAUGACACUUAUGGGAUCCGGCAGCAAUGGCGAAACUACAGUCUCUCUUCAUCAGCGAUUAGUUACCAAAGUGAAUGAUCGAAAAGUAUCCUUGCCUUACAUAUCAAGGGCAGUCUACAUCACUAUGGAGCGAUACAUCGUCAAAGUUCGGACAAAAACUGGCGUUUCUCUGAACUGGGAUGGUGAUAGCUUCUUAGAGAUCGGAGCAACCAGUGCAUAUAAAGGCCUUCUUUGCGGAUUAUGCGGCAACUAUAACGGCUUUCCAAGAGAUGAUUUUAUUGGUGGAGACGGGUCGUUCAAGGUUGAUGAAAAUUCUUUUGCUGAAUCGUGGAAAUCUGAGACUGGAAGAUGUUCAAGACCAAAUUAUAGUAAAGGGCCCAGUGAACCGUGCAGUCAAAGCAUUAUGAUGAAACUCGAAGCAAAGAAAAAAUGUCAAGUUUUCAAAUCAGAGGAUUUCAGAGGAUGCUACGAUAAAGUGGACCCGCGGGAUUAUUACAGGUCCUGUCUCACAGACACAUGCGAAUGCCCGCCGAAUCACAAAUGUUCCUGCGAAUCCAUCCUCGCCUAUACUUCAGCGUGUGAGCGGAAAGGAGUCGUCGUGAAAUGGGAUAGACCAAUGUAUUGCAGAAAGACCUGCAAACGAGGCAAAGUUUACUCUCAAUGCGGUCCAGCGUGCAAGCCAACCUGCACGAAUUAUAAACGAUCACACACACGGAACUGUUCUAAGAUGUGCGUUGCGGGAUGUCACUGCCCCGCUGGAUACGCCAUACAUCGGAAGAGAUGCAUUCGAAUCAGCCAGUGUGAGAGCGCUCUUAGAUCGGCAGAGUUGAGAGUAAUUCAUCGGUCUUCGAAUUCAAGGCGACGAAGAAAGCGGACUCAAAUUAAAAUGAAAAAUGACGUUUUUGAAGAUAAUCCCAAUUUUAAAGCAGGGACGUGAUAUUUUUGACAAAAAAAAAUGAUUUAGUCAAUUUUUUCAAAUUUUUAUGACUCAAUCUACCUCUUUGAAAACGUUUUUCGUUUAAUGUGCAGACUGGAAGUCUCGUCCAAUCUGGUUAGCGCACGGCAUAUUUGGUCUCAGCAUAUUUAGUAGUGAUGAAUUCUUGAGAAAUCU